UUGCCCGUUAAUUGUUGUAAUUUGAUUCACUGAAUUUAAGCUUCUUUUUUAAUUUUAUAAGAUUGUUGAUCUCUGGCAUUUGAUAUUUUCUCGUUUUUGUUAUAUGAGUUCUCUUUUCUCUUUGACUAAUAAUCAUUUUCUAUGCUUACAUUUUUCUAGUGUAAGUCUAUUCAACCAUUUUGUUUUUCCAAAACAAUCCAACAUGAUUGAGAAUCUCUUUUAAGCUUUUUUUUAGUGAAUUAUUUUACUAAUUGAUUAAUUAUACGACAACAACCAAUACUGUGUAAGCUUAUUAGUUGGUGACCAAUUAAAAUCUGGAUCUUCUCGAGUAAAUUUGCUAUGAAUUUUCUAUGAUGUUACCGGUUGAACGGAGAAAAGUUAUCUAUUGAUUUUCUCAUUUUCUCUUUUUAAUUUUGAUAAUAUUUUCUAUCCAUGAAUUUUUCUCUCUCGAUGCAUAAUUCGAUUCUUAUAAGGAUAAAAUCUUGAAAUUAUUCCACUUUAAACAUGGAAGCUCAUAAUCUACAGGCGAAGCAAUUAAGAGAUGCCAAAAAGGAGUAUGAAGAUAUUACCGCUCAGAUUGGAUUGCUCAAAGCGAAACAAAGAGAAGUGGCCGCGCGAAUUGAAAGAUUGAAAGAUGCCACAGGUCAAUCUAAUAGUUCACGUGGUAAAGAAUUCUAUGAUAAUGAUAACUUUGAAUGGAGUCAGAAGAUGAUGGAGAAAAGUAGAGAGAUAUUUAAGAUUGACACACUUCGAUUUCUUCAAAGACCAGCAAUCAAUGCUACUAUGAGUGGUGUCGAUUGUCUACUAAUUAUGCCCACUGGUGGAGGUAAAAGUCUCACCUUUCAAUUACCAAGUGUACUUAGUGAAGGUAUAACUAUUGUUGUAUCUCCGUUGAUCUCCUUAAUGGAAGAUCAAGUUAUGAGUUUACAAAAACUCAACGUAGAAACGGCUCUUUUCAAUGCCCAAACAACGAGAGAGGAAUCAAAGCAAAUAAUGACAGGAAUGGUUGAUCCAAAUUCUAAUCUUAAGCUGAUCUAUGUUACUCCAGAAAAACUGGCCAAAUCUAAGAUGAUAAUGUCACAAAUGGAAAAGAUGUACUCCUUAGGAAGAUUUUCUCGACUUGUCAUUGAUGAAGUUCAUUGUUGUUCUCAAUGGGGACACGAUUUUCGAAAAGAUUAUAAAUUUCUUGGUAUCAUGAAAAAUCAAUUUCCUGAUGUACCGAUACUUGGAUUAACUGCUACUGCGACUUUUGAAGUUAUUCAAGACAUUCAGAAGAUACUGAAUAUUGAAGGAUGUCUCGUUCUUAAGAGUAGCUUUUAUCGGCCUAAUUUAAAAUACGAAAUAAUUAACUCAACAACUAAAGACGAUGGUCUACAAUUAGCAGAAAUGAUAAAGACAAAAUUCAGAGGACAAAGUGGAAUCGUUUAUUGUUUAACCGUCAGAGAAACUGAAAAUUUAGCAAAGAAAUUGCAGAAAUGUAAUUUACGAGCAUCAGCUUAUAAUGCUCAAAUUUCACCACAAAUACGAAGUAAAAUUCACGAGAAAUGGUAUUCAGGAGUUAUUCAAGUGAUCGUUGCCACAAUUGCCUUUGGAAUGGGAAUCAAUAAAAUGGACGUUCGAUUUGUUAUUCAUUAUUCAAUGUCCAAAUCAAUAGAAAAUUAUUAUCAAGAAACUGGACGAGCGGGUCGAGAUGGAAAAGAGGCCAAUUGUAUUUUAUUUUUUCGCUUUCAAGAUUCAUUCCGAGUCACAUCUCUUUUCUUCACCGAAAACAAUGCUCUUCGUAUAAUACAUAAAAUGAUUGAAUUCUGUGUUAACCGAGAAGAUUGUCGAAAAAAACUUCUAGCCAGAUACUUUGGUGACAAUGAUUGCGAAUGUAAUCAAAUGUGUGAUAACUGCAUAAAUGGCCUUGGAACCGAACGGCUCGAUAUUACCGGUUACUGUAUAGAUAUUUUGUCGAUUUUAAAAGAUCCAAAAAAUUCAAAAGAACGAUUCACCGGAUUGAAAUUACUCGAUACAUGGUUACAUAAAGGUGCCACUAAAUGUCGAGUCAAUGGAGUAUCUAAACCAACUCUACCUCGAGAAGUUUGUGAAUCGAUAAUCAUCCAAUUAAUAAUUAAAGGAUAUUUAAAGGAGGAAUUUCAUUUUACACCUUAUAGCACCAUUAGCUACCUGGUUCCUGGUUACAAGGCUUCUUUACUUGGACAAGAACCGCUUGUAAUCAGAAUUGUCACAGUUGCGAGUCCCGGUGAUGGUCUUAAAAAAAGUCGAUCUCGUUUACCAAAGAAACCACAAGAAAUGAAAAUGAAAGAAAGUCCAAAAAGUUCAUUGAUCAGUAGCGACGAUGAACCAAAUGAGUCCAAUGAAUCAGACGAAUCUGAUGAAUCGGUUGAAUCUGAAGAUGAAGUUAUCAUAGCAUCAGUUAAGAAAAGACCAAGAAUUCUGGAAGAUUCAAUUGUUGAUUCUUCUCAUGAAAACUCAGACAAUUCACUAAUUUGCUUGGAAUAAAAACAAUUAUAUUAAUAAAAGAAAAAAA